AUGGAAAGUAAUUUCAAUGACAAAAUUAUCAUAAAAAAUCUUGUAGUUAGAAUUAUUAUUGGUGUUGAUUCAUGGGAGCGCGUUAAACGUCAACCUGUUACAAUUAAUGCUGUUAUUCGUAUUAACGUUUCUCAAGCUGGAGAAACAGAUCAUUUAUCACACACUGUUAAUUAUGGAUCAGUAUGUAAGACGAUCACACAACAUGCAGAAGAGUCAACCUACAAGUCGCUUGAGGCUUUAGCAGAUGGUUUGGCCAAAAUUUGUAUAAAAGAAUACAAGGUACCCCAAAUUACAAUUCGUGUAGAAAAACCUCGUGCUUUGUUGCAUGCAACUUCAGCUGGUGUAGAAAUUACAAGAACUAAAGAAGAUUAUGGACCUAUUGAAAAGGAUCCAGAUGCAUUGCCUGCCUCGAUCAAUAAUCAUCACGAUAUAAUUUUUGUUAAGGAUUUGAAAGUUAGUACGAUCAUUGGUGUUAAUCCGUGGGAAAGGGAGGAAAAACAAAUUGUGAUUUUGAAUUUGACCACAUAUCCAAGUUUUCCUGUUAGCGCACUACAAAAGGAUCAUGUCACGAAACCACAUAACUAUCGAACAAUAGUAAGAACUAUUAUAAAGCAUGUAGAACAAUCGAAAUACAAAACGGUGGAAGCGUUUGCUACCGCUGUUGCCAGAAUAGCUAUAAUAGAAUGUCAUGUUAAUAAAAUCACGAUUCAUGUGGAAAAACCAAGUGCACUAAUGUUUGCAGAAUCUGCAGGAAUUGAAAUUACUAGAAGUAAACAUGAUUUCGAGAAUGAAAUAAGGGUCAUCACACAUCCAUAUUUGAAUCCUUUGGAUGAUAAGGAUCAUCAAGCAACUUCUCUUGUUGUGAAACAAGACUCUAAUAUAUCAGAUGAGUUAAAACAUUUUGCUUUUAUUGCUUUGGGUUCAAAUAUGGGUGAUACUAUUGUAAAUAUUAAUGAAGCAUUGAUUCAAAUUGAAAAAAAUCACGGCUGUAAAAUAUUGGAUACUUCGUUUCUUUAUGAGACAUCUCCGAUGUAUAUCACAGAUCAGCCAAAAUUCUUAAAUGCUGCAUGCAGAGUAGCAACAAAUUUAGAUCCUGAAGCUUUGCUUAAAAAGUUACAAGAAAUUGAAUAUCAUAUGGGAAGAUUUGAGAAAGCAUAUGUAAAAUAUGGUCCACGUGUUAUUGAUUUAGAUAUUAUUUUUUAUGAUGAUAUUGAGUAUUCGUCACCUAAUUUGACAAUACCACAUCCAUUAAUGAGUGAACGAGAGUUUGUUUUGCGGCCGUUAUGCGAUAUUGGAAAGAAGGUUGAACAUCCUAAACUUUAUAAGACAUGUGGUCAACUACUUUCUCAACUUCUCAACUCUCAAUCUUAUAAUUCCGAUAAUGUCAUCAAUAAAAUAUUACCAAUUAGAAAGAGCACAUGGACCUGGAACACAAAAACAUUUAUAAUGGGAAUAAUAAACGUGACACCAGAUAGUUUUAGCGACGGAGGUCUUUUCACCUCGGUAGAUGAUGCAGUUAAUUAUGCCGAAAAACUUGUAGCUGAAGGUGCUGAUAUUAUUGAUAUUGGUGGUGUAUCCACAAGACCAAAUGCAGAUGAUGUAUCUGUAGAAGAGGAGAUCUCACGUGUUAUCCCUGUUAUAAAAGCUAUAAGAUCCAAAAAAGGCAUGGACAAUGAUAUUAUUAUUUCUAUUGACACAUUUCGAGCCGAAGUAGCAAAAAAAGCAAUUGAAGCAGGCGCUGAUUUUAUCAAUGAUAUUUCUGGUGGAAAACUUGACCCGAAUAUGUAUCAAGCUAUGGCCGAGGCAAAUGUACCAGUUUGUCUUCAACAUAUGCGUGGCGAUCCAAAAACAAUGCAAAAAUUAACACAGUAUGAUAAUGUGAUUUCAGAUAUCAGUAACGAACUUUAUGAGCGUGUUCAACACGCAAUGGAAUCAGGCGUUAAACGUUGGAAUAUUAUUAUUGAUCCUGGCUUUGGAUUUGCCAAGAAUUAUGAACAAAAUUUUGAAAUUUUAAGAAAAUUAAAAGAGUUUAAUGGCGAGAAUGGACCAUUCGAAGGAUUUCCUUGUCUUGUUGGACCGUCGCGUAAAAAUUUUAUAGGCUUAGCAACAAAUCAACCGAUUGCUAAUAAAAGGGGAUACGGAACAGCGGCUGCAUGCGCAGCAUCUAUUUCCGGAGGUGCAAAUGUUCUCAGAGUUCACGAUGUUAAAGAAAUGGCAGAUAAAAAUGUAAUCAAAAUUACAUUAAAUAGACCAAAACGUGGUAAUUCAUUGAAUUUACCAAUGGUUUUAGAACUAAUAGAAAUUUUUGAGUGGCUUGAAAAUCAAUCAUUGAUAAGAGUUGUUAUUCUGACAGGAUCUGGGGGAUUUUUUUGUACAGGAAUGGCUUUAGAAACUGCGCUUACUAAUUCACUUAAAUACUAUAAUGAUGGCACUAGAGUAGAAUAUUUAGAAUUGUUAGAAAAAGAAUUUAAUGACGGACAAAAAUUAUAUAAAACGAUUAAAAAUUGCAAAAAACCAAUUAUUUCACUGAUAAACGGACCAGCGUUAGGAGGUGGAAUUGGAUUGGUGUUUGUAACAGAUAUAAGGAUAGCAAUCAAGGACACAUUUUUCAAAUUUUCAGAAGUAAAAUAUGGGCUGAUGCCAUCAAUCAUAUCACAAUUUAUAGUGCCGGAAUUAGGUCCAUUCAAAUCCAAACAAUAUUUUAUAACGGGCGAAACAAUCAGAGUUGACCAAGCAUUAAAAGAUAAUUUUAUUAGUGAUGUAGCAGUGGAUUCAAAGGAAUUGGACGAAAAAUGCAAUUAUUAUAUCGAGAAAUUGAUUGAGAGCGCGCCCAAAAGUAUUGGAAAAAUUAAAGAUUUAGUUAAAUUCAUCACUAGUAAAAAUAAUUUAAAAGGAGAGGCAGGAGAAGUAAAGGAAGAGUUAAUUAUUAAAGAUUAUUUUGUUAAUAUGAUGAUUUCUGAUGAGGCAAAAGUUGGUUUGACUGCCUAUAAAAAUAAGGAAAAACCUAAUUGGAAUAAUCAUAUUUUAUCAAAAUUGUAA